AUGCCCGCUGCCGAAAGUGUUCCGCAGACUUUGUACGACAAGAUUCUAGCUGCCCAUAUAGUGGAUGAGAAGCUUGAUGGCACUGUUCUGCUAUAUAUUGACAGGCAUCUUGUUCAUGAAGUCACUUCACCACAAGCCUUUGAAGGCCUAAAAAACGCAGGGCGCCAAGUACGAAGACCCGACUGCACUCUCGCCACUACCGAUCACAAUGUCCCGACCAAGUCUAGAAAAGGCAUCAAGGACAUAGCUACCUUCAUCGAACAAGACGACUCGCGAUUACAAUGUAUAACCCUCGAGGAGAAUGUGAGAGACUUCGGCAUCACCUACUUCGGACUGGGUGACAAGCGACAAGGCAUCGUCCAUGUUAUCGGCCCUGAGCAGGGCUUCACUCUUCCCGGUACCACUCUGGUGUGUGGUGACAGCCACACUUCUACACAUGGCGCUUUCGGCUGCUUUGCCAUCGGCAUUGGUACCAGUGAGGUCGAGCACGUGUUGGCUACUCAAUGCCUCAUCACCAAGAGAAGCAAGAACAUGCGGAUACAAGUUGAGGGCGAGCUAGCCCCUGGUGUCAGUUCCAAAGAUGUCGUGCUUCAUGCCAUCGGUAUUAUCGGAACCGCUGGCGGCACUGGUUGCGUUAUCGAAUUCUGUGGCUCCGUCAUCCGCUCUUUGAGUAUGGAAGCUCGCAUGUCCAUCUGCAAUAUGUCCAUUGAAGCCGGUGCUAGGGCUGGUAUGGUGGCCCCUGACGAUAUUACCUUCGAAUAUCUCAAGGGCAAGCCUCUUGCUCCCACAUACGGUACACCAGAGUGGGACCGCGCUGUAAAAUACUGGAGAAGUCUUCAAUCGGACCCUGAUGCCAAGUAUGAUAUCACCGUCGAUAUUGAUGCCAAGGACAUCAUCCCAACUGUGACUUGGGGCACGAGCCCUGAGGACGUGGUUCCGAUUACCGGAGUGGUGCCCGACCCCGAGACCUUCAAGACCGAGUCGAAGAAGGCUGCCGGACGAAGGAUGCUCGAAUAUAUGGGGCUUACCGCCGGCACUCCCAUGCAAGAAAUUGUCGUCGACAAGGUCUUCAUCGGUUCCUGCACAAACUCUCGAAUUGAAGACCUCCGCGCUGCGGCACGAGUUGUCAAGGGCAAGAAGAAGGCAGACAAUGUCACGCGCGCUAUGAUUGUACCUGGCUCCGGUAUAAUCAAGGAUCAAGCCGAAGCCGAAGGUCUGGAUAAGAUUUUCUUGGACGCCGGAUUUGAGUGGAGAGAAGCAGGGUGCAGCAUGUGCCUCGGCAUGAACCCCGAUAUUCUAUCACCCAAGGAACGAUGCGCAAGCACGAGCAACCGAAAUUUUGAGGGACGACAAGGUGCUCAAGGUCGAACACAUCUUAUGUCGCCAGUCAUGGCGGCCGCUGCCGCUAUUGCUGGUACCCUUACCGAUGUCCGGAAUUGGACCGAGUACACUGACAGCCCGCAUAUUGAUGCCUACAAACUAAACUCCGCUCCAACAGGCAAGGCGCAUGUCGAUGAGAGUGUUGAGGAAGACGAUGCCGCCAGGGAAAGGAUUACCGACCAACCAGAGGAUUCCUCGCCGCACGUGAACUCCAUUGCCAUGGAAGCGGCUGGCUCCCAAGGUCUUCCAAAAUUCAUUGUCCACAGGGGAAUCGCUGCUCCCUUGGACAGAGGCAAUGUUGAUACGGAUGCCAUCAUCCCCAAGCAAUUCCUCAAGACCAUCAAGCGCACAGGCCUUGGUACCGCUCUCUUCUACGACUCAAGAUUCAAAGAGGAUGGAUCUCCCAACCCCGACUUCGUCCUUAACCAAGAGCCAUGGACAGGUGCCAAGAUUCUAGUCUGCACAGGCCCUAAUUUCGGAUGCGGAAGUUCAAGAGAGCACGCGCCGUGGGCCCUGCUAGACUUCGGCAUCCGGUGUAUCAUUGCACCAUCCUUUGCCGACAUCUUCUUCAACAACACUUUCAAGAACGGCAUGCUGCCCAUCACCAUCAAGGACCAAGCGAACCUUGACAAGAUCGCAGCAGAGGCACGCGCAGGACGGGAGAUUGAGGUUGACCUACCAAACCAAGUCAUCCGCGAUGCCGACGGCAACGAGAUAUGCGGCUUCGAUGUCGAAGAGUUCCGCAAGCACUGCCUGAUUAAUGGUCUUGACGACAUCGGCCUUACCUUACAACUUGAGGACAAGAUUGUCAGCUACGAGAAGAAAGCGUCGACCAGAACUCCCUGGGUUGACGGAUCAGCAUACCUUCGGAGAGGUAAGGACGGGCGGCUUGCAGCUAAGGCUGUUCCUGUGCCGACUACGAAUCGCGGCCAAGCGAUCAAAGAUCCCAUUGAUUGGUGA